AUGCAAAGUCCGACGUGCGCCUGGUGUGCUCAGGCCCACUUCGUCACCGGCGACAACACGACGGCGUCGCGCUGCAACAGGGAGCGCAACUUCCGCAGCGGCGCGCUGAGCUGCGACGAACGCCUGCUCAAGACCUGGGCCAACCAGGUUUCGGUUCCGCGGGAUGAGCCGCUCAGCAGCGAGCAUGAAGGCGACGCCGGCGCCGGCUCGUCCGGAGGCGCGUCCGGCGGCUCUGGCGACUCGUUCGGCUGCUCGUCCGGUGGCUCGUUCGACGCGAUCCAGAUCGCGCCGCAGCACGUGCGCAUGAGUCUGCGCGUGGGCGAGCCGCAGCAGCUGAGUGUCAGGUUCGCGCUGGCGCCCAACUACCCGAUCGACCUCUACUAUCUGAUGGACCUCAGCAAGUCGAUGGAGGACGACAAGCAGAAGCUGUCCACGCUCGGCAACCUUCUGGCCCUCGAGAUGUGCAAGCUGACCACUAACUUCCGGCUGGGCUUCGGCAGCUUCGUCGACAAGGUGCUGCUGCCCUACACCAGCACGCUGCCCGCUGAUCUGGAGCAUCCGUGUGACAACUGCACCGCCCCCUACGGCUUCCACAACUCCCUGCCGCUGACGACCGACAUCGACUCGUUCGCGGAAAACGUGAUGAGUGCCAAGGUGUCGGGAAACCUGGAUUUCCCCGAGGGCGGCUUCGACGCCAUCAUGCAGGCCAUCGUAUGCAAACAGCAGAUCGGCUGGCGGAGCAGCGCGCGCCGCCUGCUGGUCUUCUCCACCGACGCCGGCUCCCACUACGCCGGCGACGGCAAGCUGGGAGGCGUGGUUGAGCCGAACGAUGGCGAGUGUCACUUGGACGAGAAGGGAUUCUACACCCACUCAGACAAGCUCGACUAUCCCAGCGUGUCGCAAAUCAAUCAGAAGGUGAAGCAGAACAGCAUCAACAUCAUAUUCGCGGUGACGUCGGAGCAGCGCUCCGCGUACGACAUGCUGAGCCAGCACAUCGAGGCGAGCUCGGCCGGCACACUCUCCAGCGACUCCUCCAACGUGGUUCAGCUGGUCAAGGAGCAGCACGACGCUAUCACGUCGUUUGUUGAGCUGAAGGACAAUUCGACGGACUUCGUGCGGAUCCGGUACCACUCGGCGUGCCUCGGCACCGGCGCGCCCGAGGAGACCAACCGCUGCGACGGGCUCAAGAUCGGCCAGCGGGUCAACUUCACCGUCACGGUGGAGCUGGUCAAGUGCCCCGCGGACCCGGCGCAGUGGGAGAGCGUCGUGGAGAUUCGGCCGACGGGCCUGAACGAGUCGCUGGUGAUCCAUCUGACCAAGCAGUGCCAGUGCGACUGUGAGCGCGCCGGUCCCGCCGACCUGCCGCCGGUCCCCGAGUGCAACAACCACGGCUCGCUGCGGUGCGGUCUGUGCGCGUGCGACGAGGAGCACUUCGGCGCGCUGUGCGAGUGCUCGCAGCGCGACGGGGGCGGUCGGCGGGGCGACGACCGCUGCCGCCUGGCCGGAGACACCGGCGACACCUGCCAGGGCCGCGGAGAGUGCGUCUGCGGCCAGUGUCAGUGCUUCGAAAGGUCCAACCCGCAGGAGGUGGUGACGGGCGAGUUCUGCCAGUGCGACAACUUCUCGUGCGACCGUCACGAGAAGCUGCUCUGCUCGGGCCCCGACCACGGAAGCUGUGUGUGCGGCAGCUGCGAGUGCCGACCCAGCUGGACUGGCGGCGCCUGCCAGUGCCCCGCCGGCAACGCCACCUGCGUCGCACCAGGUGACACGAAGCCCUGCUCAGGCAACGGUCUGUGCGAGUGUGGCAAGUGUGUCUGUGACGAGGGCGAGUCGGGCCUGUUCGUCGGCCGGUACUGCGAGGACUGUCCGACGUGCCAGGGCAAGUGCAACGAAUACAGAGCCUGCGUUGAGUGCGUGGCUUUCGACAGUGGUGACCUGCAGGGCAACUGCAACUGCUCUCACCUGCUCAUCAACCGGACAGACGUGGUGGAAGUGUCGUCCCCUGAGGAGCGACUCUGCACGUUCAGCGACGAGGCUAACUGCCGCUACAGGUUCAUCUACUUCUACAACCAGCUCAACACGCCCACCAUCCGCGUACAGGAAACCAAGCAGUGUCCGGCGGCCAUCAACGUGCUCAUGAUCGUGCUGCCACUGAUCGCCGCCAUCGUCGCGGUCGGCCUGGCCACACUCCUGCUCUGGAAGCUGGUGACGACCGUCCACGAUCGCCGCGAGUACUCCAAGUGGGAAGCCGAGCGCCAGACGGCCAAGUGGGACACGGGGGAGAAUCCGCUUUUCAAGCAGGCCACGACCACACACAUGAACCCGUCCUACGAAGGCAAAUAACGAGUCGGCCGGUGGGCACCGGGUGGUCUCGGCAGCGUCAGGCACCGGGUGGUCUCGGCAGCGUCAGGCACCGGGUGGUCUCGGCAGCGUCAGGCACCGGGUGGCCUCGGCAGCGUCGGGCACCGGGUGGCCUCGGCAGCGUCAGGCACCGGGUGGCCUCGGCAGCGUCAGGCACCGGGUGGUCUCGGCAGCGGCGGGCACCGGGUGGUCUCGGCAGCGGCGGGCGGCGACACCGGCACGUCAUCAAUGGCAUCACGCGCCAUGGUUGGUGUCGCUCGUCACCACACCGUGCGUGACCCAUGACAGUACAUGUCAUCGAUGGGCCCCGCGUCACCAAUGGCAACGCACAUCAUCAGUGACGUCGCACGUUAUCGGUGGUGUGGCGCCGCACGUGAACGGUGUUGCCGCAAGUCAGCAGUGGUGCCGCAAGUCUGCAGGGGUGCCGCGCGUCGAAUGUUGUCGCAAGUCUGACUAGUGCCAAACGUCUUCGGUGGUGCCGCACGUGGUGUCGGAAUCACCAGCAGCGUCAUACACUGUACAGGUGGUGUAGUGUGCCAUCAGCGGCGCCACGUGUUAUUUGACGCCGCUCGUGAUCACUGGCGCCGCUCGUGAUCACUGGCGCUGCUCGUGAUCACUGACGCCGCUUAUGAUCACUGACGCCGCUCAUGAUAACAGGAGUCGCUCAUAAUCACUGGCGCCGCUCUUGAUCACUGGCGCCGCUCGUGAUCACUGGCGCCGCUUAUGAUCACUGGCGUCGCUCGUCAUCGCUGGCGCCGCUCGUCAUCGAUGGUUCCCAUAGCGAGAUGGCCUCGGAGCAACCGAGACACCGAACAUUUAGAAGACAUUUAGGACAACCGAAGAGACAAGUUUAAAGCGAGGAAAAAAGCAAUGCAUAAGAGAGGUCGCGCGGCAGACAGUGCCUGGUCACCAGGCAGACGAGGUGCGCCCUGAGCGGGCCCUGUUGCUGCGUGACCGCGCGUCUCACGCAGAUCUCCCAGCAGCGACUGGUGAUGCUGGUGUCACACUGGUCGGGUGAUUAUAUAGCUCAUGUCUCGAUGAUUGUGCUCGUCGAUGUGAAGUUGCGCCUCGGGUGUUCUGGGUGACUAUGCGCUUUUAUUUUCAGACGCCAACGGAAAUAUCAGAAGGCCUGACUCUCAGGCUUGUACGAAGGGCUUCACUGAACGUUAACGGCGUUGCAAAAAUAUGAAUUGCUAAACCUGAAGAUGCAGGAUGGUCGUAUUGCUAAUUUACAAUGGUCGACUGUUCAGCCAUGAUUACCUUGUUUUGUCUUUGUGUCCCACAUGUUUAGGCAUGUGCAUGCCAUCCAUUCGAUGAUAAAUUGAUGAAGGAUU